UGAUAACGUGUCCCUACAAACUUAGUGAUAUUAUUAGUUGUAUAUAUAUAUGUUAAAAAUAAAACAGAUUGUUAAUUUUUCAUAGUGAGAAAGCAUUAUAAUAUCCAUUAACAGUGCAAAAAUUCAAACGGUUAAAAAGAUACGUUCGGAUGUAACUGAGUGUCAAGUAGUUCUAGAAAGAUGUUUGCAGCCAUUUUGAAAAUGGUAUUCGUCUGUGAUGAUUGAUAAAAUGCCUAAAAGCUGUUGGUAAUUGGGGUUAAGUUGCUGAUAAUGGAUCAAGAACCUCAAGUAUUUUCUUCAAAUAUAACACGAAGUUCAAAACCGAUGAAAAAUGAUCUCACUGAUCUUUUAAAAGUCGCUCCUGCUCAACCUGCUGAGCAAAAAAAAUACGUGAAAAGGAAUACUUGCGAUUUUAUACCGAAAACUGGUAAAACUUAUGAACCAAAGAGAAAAUCUAAAUUUAAGGUUAGUACUGUGAGAGACGUUAGACACUUGUUAGAAAAGGAUGUCUACUCUACCUUGCUGGUUGAUUUGGAGAAACAGCAAAAUGUUUUACUGCGAAAAAUUAAAGCUGGGUCCGCUAGAGAUGAAAAUACAAAAACGAUUACUAGAAAUAUCUUCAAAGCUGAUAAACCGGUGUCAAGAUCCGCGUGGCAAAUGUUAACAAAUCUAAACCCAGAAGAAUAUGCGCAUCCUACUCAGUUUGUUUUGUGGAACAGUAAACGCAUUCGGCUUAACGGAAGCAGAGGAGGAUCGUGUAAGUUCUUGGUUAAAUACGAUCUAGCAAUCAGACAAUUCCCGAAAAAAGCCAAAUCCUCAUUAACACGGAAACCUGUGCUAAAGAGAAAAGGUUUACUGCAAAACUCUUUGAGUGUUAAUUUUAAACCUGGGCCACUUAGAAAAAAGAUUUUUCUUGAUCACUCCUAUCAAAAAUAUCAUGUUGGCGGGAUAGAGUUACAGAAUUUACCAAAACCUGCUCUUGAGAUUAAUCCAACCGUGGGAAAAACCAUAGAUCCAACGAUAUCUCAUUUUCUCCAAAACAUGCGAAAGGAAGAUGGAACAAUAACUGAGAAAUGGGCUGAGUUUUCAGUUUCCGUUUUGACUACGGUGAAAAACGAAAUUGUAGCUCAAAUCGAAAGCGAGUGUUGUGUAACAUUCGAUCUCAAUUAUAAAUGCGACCAACAACGAAUAUUAAUGCGUCGUGAUGUAAAUAGUGAGAUUCCACCGUCACCGCUCGCUAAUAUUAUAGACGAUAGUCAUUGUUACACACAUCAGGAUUCAGUUGUAACAUCUGAAAUUCAAACUUUACUUGAUAAAAUUAUAGAUUCUGUAGAAAUCAGCUUAGAACAAGACAAUAUGUACACAGGUGAAGAUGAACCCCGAGAUGUAAAAUCAGAAGAAUUUACAAACGUAACAACUGUUAUUCAACCUAAAGAAACCCGACUGAAACGCAAAUGUGGUGAACUAGAAAGACUAGAUGUAACCAUUAUAAGAUUAACAGAAAAUGUUGAUAGAACAUCUCAUACGUGCCCUAAAGCAUGCUGUAGUAUGGGUUGUGUUUGUCCAUCAUUGGGGUGUGGCUACAAUUUUAAAACACACUGUGGCCGAAUAGAAUGUAUGUUUGAAUGUAAAUGUGAUUUCUCAAAGUACAAAGUAGUCGAUUCAUUUGAACGUGAUUGUUCUAAUUUAUUGCCUGGUUUGCUCAAAUUAGACACUGAAAUGAGUUCAAAAAUGGCUAAGGAGGAACAAAAAUUCCAUCACACUGUAAUUGUUACACCUGAAAACAGUAUGUUGUUAAAAUCUAAACGCAGAGAUUGGAAAUCUUCAAGAAAAUACGCGGAGUUCUUUAGUAACAUGUCCCUAAAAAAUGAGUACAAACCCGAAAAAGUAGCAGAACUUGUAAUCGAAAAACUAAAUUUGCCCAAUGUGGAACCAUGGUGUAUGGUUCAUGGUUUAUAUAAAUGUUUUUGUAAAUGUAUAUUUACUGAUAGUUCGCUCCCUGAACUAAAAACCGACGAGGUUAAAGAAAUUAAUGGUGUCAACCAACACAAUGACAGCGUAGAUCUAACUGAUGAUGUGGUAAAACCUAAUUUAAGAAGCAUUAGGGCGCGCAUGCCUUCUAAUAGGAAUAUAUUUGACAAAAAUCCUGUGAAAGACAAAACAAUUGAAAGCUUGCCAACAGAUCGCGCUCAGCCAGUUGUGCCUUAUUAUUAUUCUAGAAGCGCAAGAGUAAAGGCCUAUACAGGGCGAAAAUUCACAGAUGGAUAUUAUUUUAAUGCAAACAGAAAAAUUUCGGAAAUGGAACAGCACGAUAAAUCACUUCGCAAAAGAUUGGAAUACCUUUAUCUGUCCAGUACAAAUAACAAAGGACAGUUAAAUUCAAGUGAGGUUGUGGCAUCCGUACCAACUCCUUUGCCAACAAAUUCAGUACCUACUGGAUCUCUACCCCCCACCCUACCGCCAUUGCCACCGCUAACAUCAGCCCCGACUAUUAAACCAGCCAAGACAACUGAAAAGGCCUUAAAUACAAAAAUAAACUUGUAUACAAACCGAUUGCCAGACAAGAGAAAAUUAGUUGCGUGGUUAGAAGUGAGUUACAAACAGUACAAACAACGCAUCAAUAGCGGAAUUGUGAAAAUCUCGCUUGAACCACCACAUCUUGGAAAAAUGGCUCUCUAUCCAUGGGAGUUCAUUUUAGGUAGAUACCGAGAUAGAAAAAAUCUGGUUAUGAUUACAACCAAUCUACCUUAUCGCAUAUUCAUGGCAGUGGAUCCACAAAAUCCAUUCUUCAGGCAUUGCAUAAAUAUAAAUGAUAUCCGCUUUGCCGAUUUACCCAAAUAUCCAGUGACUGUUAAAAAUUUGCUUGCGAAUGCAAAUGAUCUAAAAGACAACUUUUGCAUAUUAAGGGGCUUAUCACAUUGCUGGGAAUUAAUUGGUUCUGUCACUAAAGUAUGUAAUCCGGAAGAAGUCAAUGAAAGUAUCCAAGUGAGUGACGAAACUGACGAAGAAUUAAAAAAUAAUACUCCGGAAGUGUUGAGUGAUUCUGUCCGCGAUGAUUCGGAAGAUUCUAACGCUACGAUUUUAUCACUCGGCCAAUAUCGUGAAGAAGAAAAUAUGAGCUCAGAUAAAACAAUUGAAGAUCAUGAUACGUCAUCAGAUGAUUCUUCUAGGUGGUUUGUGAUGACUGUAGAAAAUGACUUUGAGGAGAUUCAAUUUUACAAUAAAGGAUUUUUUGUGAAAUUGGAAAGUAUAAUUAAGGCAAUUGAUGUAGCACGUGCUUCAAAGAAAACAGUAAGGUUGUCUUCUCAAAAAUGCGCGGACAAUAACACUGGCCCACAAUUUGGGAUUUAUGCUAUACCAAACGAAAAUGAGCCGUGCGUGUUUGUUGGACCGUAUGAAAAAGGCGAACCACUUGGUAUAGAGACUGUAAAAAAUAUGUCCGAUAUUCGUAAACAAAGGAGAACCAAAGGUGUAUGGAUUACAACGAAAAAACUCGAAAACUUUAACGUUAUUGAUGAUCCUUUGUCAUUCAUGCCACCAAGAAAUGGCUCAGAUACUGAAAUGAUGACGCUUGCUGGAGAUUCUGCGAAUACUGAUAAAGGUACUGAUAGUUUUGUAGCAAUGUUAAAAGGCGAUAAUAAACUCACAGGCCAAAAUGCAGAAAAACUAGGUUCAAAUAGAACUCAUAGCUCAAAAAUCUUAAAACCUAUUAAAAUUUGCAAGACUAACAGUUUUUAUCAACUUGCGCCAAAUGGAACUCUAAAACAAAUAUCUUCGCAACACAUUAAUGAACAGAGUCAAGUAUGUAUUCCUACUACGAUUCAACCAAGGGUGAUCAGCGCUCAAGUAUGUGCUCCUACUAAUAUUCAACCUAAGGUGAUAAACGCGUCCCUUUUAAAACGGUCUGACUCUGAUUACGCGUCUUUAUUAAAGACUUCUUCAAUACCGAAGAGUAUACCCAAACCUACUAUAUGUCACAUCAAGAGAAAAAUUGUUACACUUCACAAUAAACCGGUCGCUGAAAUUGCGCCUCAAAUGAAACAAUCCAAUAGUCCAAAGAUAGUAGUAGCACUAAGCUCAAAGGGUGAGUCUACAAAAAAAGAAAAAGGCAUGUUUAUUCUCAAACCCGAAGAAAUAAAUAAGAGACUAAUGCAGAGUCAAGUGCCUACGAAUUUAGAGCAUUUAGAUGAACAACAGUCUGGAUUUGAUACUGGGACAGACGCCGUAUUGGAAAUGGAUAUAGAAAAUUUUCUAGCUACUGCAGAAGAAUGUGAAGCUCCAAAUGAUGAUGUAUUAAUUAUUUCUGAUGAUGAAAUGGAUGGACGUAGUGGACAGACACUUUGGAAAGACGUGUGGAUCGAAAGUAAAUCUAUUGAAGGCUUAGGUUGGAUACGAGGAAGAAGCAAUAAUCAAGGCUCCGUGAGUUUUGAGUUUCCUGGAUUCAACUACACAGAAUUCUACAAGCAAGAGGAAGCAUUCACUAAGCUCACUCAAGUUUUGUCAAGAAAAAUUUACAUACCUAAAUCUAUACAUUUGGAAUGGCAUGUAGUAGAAACAGAAAAGGACCUACGUGCCACGCAUAUGCUAACACAGGAGGAAUUGGGUCCUGAUUUUGUUAUGACUAAACGAGGCAUACAUCACAAACAGGAACUGUUAAUCAGUAAGCUAUUAAAAAAAGAAAUCGCAGACGACAGCGGAGCCAGUAACCCGAGAACUGAGAACGACGUUAGCGACGCUCCUGACAACGAGGAAGAGCCCAUGGACAUCGCGAGCCUAGAAGCGACGAGCCUACAAUUAGAGCAGGAAGGCGAGGAAUUAUUGAAGACGUUUAAAAGCAGCGCCAGCCACGCCGUCAUCGACCAAGGACUGACGGAGCUGGAUAGUAUGCGCGAAGAGAUCGCUGCGAGACUUCAGAGCAUGGUGGCUGACACUUAAGAAAGUGUAUGACAGCGCUCGACCGCUUUGCCAUACAAACGUAGUCCUCCUCUUUGAAAAAAAAAAACAAAGUCAAACGAAGGCGCAUAUCAAUUAUUUGAUAGAAGUACAUCAAAUUGUGUAUAAAUGUUUUUCUUAAAUAUCAAUAUCGAGAGAUAAAAAUGGGACUUACACUUGAAUGAAGAACCGGUCGUCCGCUAUCUUCUUAACACAUUCGCGGAAACGAAUUCGCGUAGUUUUUUGUUUCCUUUGGCCUAUGACACAUGACGUCACUUACCGUCCGCGAACGUGUUAAUCUUGUAGAUUUCUCUCGCCUGUCAUAUUAUUGUAGAGUUGGAGAAGACAACUCAGGUUUAAAGUAUUACCGAGUCAUGUCAAAGCGUGGUACUAAACUUCAGAACUAGAGAACAAAAAAACAUAAUCGAUGAAUAGUGGCGACGAUCCCAAAUACAGAUGUAGUGCUAAUUAUUUUCCAUCGUAUUUUCACGGAAACGUACGAACGACUGAAAUACGAUCGUUUCCGAGUAAAUUCUAUGGAAAAUAAUUAUGCACUUCAUUAUCUGUACUCGUGUUUACCUACAUUUAGCGCUAGAGUCGUAGAGUAGGUAUUUUUGUAUCGUACAACAGAAGUAAUCAAGUGGCUAGAUGUUCAAAAUCAUCUGUACAUCAAAAUUACCUUGACACGCUCCUAUUCUCUUAAUAAUAAAGUCGCGACAAGAUGGGCUAAUCCCACUAUAGUUACUACCAAGUUGUUACCAGUGGUAACUACUGGGUUUUUUUUUCCACCUUUUACCACUGGUUAUCACUGGUUUCCCAAAAAACCAAGACAAUUCAAGACGUGGCAAUGAGACCUGUUCCACGGGAGCGACCUUUGUUUUGGCUGCGACCAGGCUUACUUUUAUCGCAUUGUCCGUGAUGACUCUGGUGUAAAUAACCGCAGCGUAGGCGGCGCAAGAGGCGUCACAAAAGCCGUGCAAUCACUAGUUAGUAGUUAUCACUGGUAACGUGGUAACAACUUAACCCGUAAAGAUCAUUUUCAACACCUCGCUCGCUUAGCAACUUCUGAUGCUGACUGUAUGACCUCUAUUUUGAGAUACAAUUAACACACUAGUUUAAAAUCACCAUUAGCGUCACUUGCACCAUCCCACUAACCCGGGGUUAACCGAUUAAACCAUUAACCCAGUAUCAAAUUGUACUGAAAACCAUGGUAACUCCAGGUUUAACCGGUUAACCCCGGGUUAGUGAAUGGUGCAAGUGGCCCUUAGUGUACUAUUUGUGACUAAUAUAAUUUGAUUUCGCAGAUGUAUAUAUAUAUUAUAAACGCGAUUCAGCUCGAAAGUAAUUGUAGUAAUUGUAUUGUUGUUUACAUCUAUAUUGUAAAUAAAUAUUUAGGUUUUUGAAUAGAAACGAGAGUCUGUUAAGGCGGGGUGGGUAAUUUAUUUGUGCAAAACCUAAGGGCGUUUUCAGAUUGUCCGAUCCGAUAUCGGAUGUCGGAAGGAAGUAAAAUGUAAGAUGUAUGUGUUUCUCUGUAUUUAUAAAUCAUUAUUACUAAAAAACGUUAAAUUAUAAAGCAAAAAAGGCGGAUUUAAUGCCAAUGGCACUCUCCUGCAGCUGUUUUUAUCAUAGGCACCUUCCGACAUACGAUAUCUGAAAGGCGCUUCCGAUAAAUUCAGCCAUGUCGGAGCCCCCCGUCAGCUGUCGGACCGAUAAUAUUUGUUUGUGUGCGUAUGUGUAGGCAUAAUGCUUGUUGUAGUGUGCGUGACCACUAUAAGACUGCGGCUGCGCCCGGGCGCGCCCCCGCGGUUGGCUACGCGGAUGUAGGAUCCUACAUCCGAUAUCGGAUCGGACAAUAUGAAAACGUUCUAAAGAAGUUUAUUUUAAUUGAAAUGGAUCGAUUUUGAGUUAAAUUUUUUGAUGUUAAGAAUCGGAAGAUUUCCUACAUGAAAAUAAUUCUUUUAGACUGAGUGGUUGGUUACAUUACGUAAGUAGAUUUUAAGAGGCCGGUGUCGAUUUUAGUCGCAAAAAUGUAAAAUUGAUAGAUUUAGUCGGUGAAAUUGUACACCUUUUUUUACCUAAUUGAAAGAACAAGUACUGGUUUCUAUUAGCACGUCUUCUUAUCUUACCUUUUAUCAGAUCAAUUUUUUGAAACCAGACUUACUAAAUUAGUAAUGUUUGCUUUUCUGAUGGACGUUUAGGUAAACGCGCGUAAAGCACUGAUUUUGUAGCUGUUAUUUGUAAAUGUCGUAAAGUUUGGACGGCUAAACAUGGUAAUUUUGUAUUACACAUAUCCUGGGCUUGACGUUUAUCAGACUACAUUUUUAUUUUUAUGACUUUGAAGUAGUGUAAAUGAAAGUUAGACGAAAUCAAUUUUCUCCAGAAAUUACUUCAAAACAAGUGACAAUUUCUCUGAAAAUCUACUUAAUUUCAACGUAAUUUUGAUACUUAAAAAAUCUACAACAUUUGCUGAAACUAUUCUUAUACAUACUUGUAUAAUUUACCAUCAUAAAUUUUUGAUGAAUUUUUAAAAACUGCCCUUUCUUUUCAUAUAUUACCGGUGACGCACGCUCGCGACCUCAUAAUUAAAAGGCAAGAUGAGAAGACGUGCUAAUAGGAACCAAUACUUGUUAUUUAGAUAUUACGUAACAAAACGUGUAUAAUUUCAACGACUAAAUCUAUCAAUUUAAAAUUUUUGCUCCAAAAUCGACUACGGCCUCUUAACCUUAAAUGUAAAAAAAUCUGUGAUAUUAUUCUGUAAAUACCAACAAUUGGACGUUAUUUAGGGAAAAUGUUGAACUGGAUAACUCAUAAAAAUCCUAUAGGUAGGUAUACUUAGUAUAUACAGUGUGAAAAAAAAUUAUGGGCCCUAGAGGGAAAGUGCCUUAAAAACUUAAGCUAGCCCAUUUUACUUAAAGGAAACAUUAUUUUAUUUUUUUAAAGAAACUGCAUUCAAAGAAUUUUUAAAAUUGGCUUCGCCCGGGAAUCGAACCGACUAAAAAAUUCAAAAAAUAUACACUCGCUAUUUUAUUCUACUUGUCGAUACAGUUAAUGUUAAUGAUAACAUUUCUCCAAGAAACAUUAGGUCUUACACUCGUCUGUCGUACAAAAUAUCUAUAAAAUCGAAUAUUUAGUACUCAAGAAUAUUUUUAGAUAUGCGAAAUUGAAAAAAAAUGAAAAUUUUUUUGAAUGCAGUUUUGUUUCUUUUUAAAAAUAAAAAAUGUUUUCUUUAAGUAAAAUGAGCUAAUUUUUAAGGAACUUUUCCUCCAGGGCCCAUAAUUUUUUUCCACCCUGUAUAAUAAUAAAUCCCCAUAUUCAUAAUACUUUACAAGCCUCAAUUAUUAAAUUUAUGUUUAUCUUUUUCUUACAAAUACCUACAAAAGACAAAAUGAGAGAUUAAGAUAAUAGUAAAUUGAUAACCAAGGGAUGAAAGGCACUCAGUUCUGCCGAGGUAUUUUGGCGCUCGAACGCAGUGAGAGCGCCAAUAGUCCGAGGCUGAAAUGAUGCCUUUCACCCGAGUUAAACACUCUACUUUUCAUUUCGAAUACGAGGAAAGUAAAAUGCAUGUGUUUUUUUAGAACAUGACCAAGUAUAAAUUUUUAUAGUAUUUCUUAAGGGUACUUUCAGUUAACAAGUUAGGCAAAAGUGUCGUUGUUUAUGGAAUGGAGUGUCAAAUAUCAGAAUGGAAAUAGUAUAACAAAUCCAUUUAAACUCAAAUUUAAAUUGCUUAAAGUAAAAUAGUGCAAAAAAUCUUACUUCGAACGUAAAAUGCUCUAGUGAAGACACGUAUCAUUUUUCUGCACACCUUUUAGAACAAAAAUAACCCUCUUUCAGAGCAUGAUAAAUGAAAACGAUUAAUAUUAACUAAUUACUUGAGGCUUGUAGCGAGUUUAAAAAUAACGCCAAAAGUUAUCACAUUUUUAACAUUCUGUCAAGUCAUCCAUGUAUUUACGCUAAACUACGUCUAAUUAUAUACUUAUGUGUACUUUAUAUAAUAGAUAUAUAACGAGUCUUUAAAUAAUGGUCAAUAAGCCAUUUUUAAGUUUCUUAGGUAAAUAGGCCGGGGGUUCCCAACCUUUUUUGAGUAUUGUCAAAACAGGUCGUCUUUUCAAUUUUGUGGAGGUAAAAAACCGAAAAGUCACGGGAUCUCUUGGAAAAGCUUCCCCCGUCCACAUUACCCUCGUUUCCAAUGGUUGGGAACUCCUGACGUACAGUGAUACGCGAAUAGUUGAACAUUUUAGUAUCUCGUCUUUCUAACCGCUGUAGCAAAGAGAAUUGAAAGAAAUACAACAUUAUUACAGUAAGUACCUACACUUAACCGUGUCUAUUGUCAAUAUCCGACUAGGUGCUGAAAUGUUCAGCUAGUAAUGUCUUAGGUACAGUCGGCAAAACUAUUAGCUUAUCAUCCCUGCAUAUAAUACAAAUGUGUAUGCAGCAAAUGGUUUUGCCGAUUGGACUUGCGGGGUGGGGCUGUUGUCUGAAACUCAAACAGCUGUAGGUACUGCUCGUAUUAUCUACAAGAACUAGUCAAUAUCAAAUACAUACUAUACCUGUAGUUUUCCUAAUGUAUGGAAUUGUUUUUAAAUACUUAAGUUAUAUUUAAUAGGCGCUUGAUGGACGUAGGUAAUAGUUUGAUUUAAAUAAUCUCAGUCUGUUUAUAAGCGAAAUGCAAAAUAUUAAAACAACAAUUUUAACAGCUGACGGUACGUAUUAUGCGGUAACAUUCCAUUACUUAUUAAUAAAAUUCUUAAGGCCUCAGUUAAUUUCUGUUUUACACUUUUCAUACAAAAACAUUAGUCAAAAAGACAGAUUAUAGGGCCAGCGGCAUCAACCCCUAUUAACAGACUGAUCAACGUCACGCAGCAGAGAACGAUGAAAGUUCCCAUACAAUAAAAUUAAGCGAACGCGUGACAGAAGUUUCGGUGCAACCAAAGCUAAGACAAGCGAUUAAUAGCUAAUACAGAAUACAGGGUUGUAGCACAUUUAUGAAUAACGUCACGUGUAUUCAAGAACUAAAAACGUAUAAAUUGACACGUUUUCCAAUCACAAACGUACCUAUUUGGCACCGUACAGCACCAUCUGGCUACCUAAAUACUUUAGUUGUCGAAAUUGCGGCAUUUAUAUUUUGCACCGCUUUACCUGUCUCCAUCCCUUUGUCUACGGCUAUUCCAAGAGCAGACAACAUGCUUGCCCCAAGUUGGGUGAAUGAACCCCUGUCAUUAACAUAAGCUCGAGGGAGAGGAGUGUUAGGGUCGGCAACGCGCAUGUAACUCCUCUGGAGUUGCAGGCGUACAUAGGCUACGGAAACUGCUUAACAUCAGGCGGGCCGUAUGCUUGUUUGCCACCGACGUAGUAUAUAAAAAAAAAAUAACAUAAAAAUUG